GUGAACUACAAAGAUAUGAAUCUUUUCUUGUCUGACGCCAUGCCUCCCAUGCCUUCCUUGAUUGCCAUUCUCCUGGUAGCACUAGGAGGGUUAUGGUCCUUUGUUUAUCUCCGCCGUUCAAUGAGAGGGAAAGGGGAUAGGCCCACCAGUGUAGGAAGCAACACCAGGUUGCCUCCUGGGCCAACUGGGAUUCCCAUCAUUGGAAACCUUCAUAUGCUGGGCCCGCUCCCUCACCGUGAUCUCCAUAGAUUAGCCAAGAAGUAUGGCCCGAUCAUGUUCAUGCGACUGGGACAAGUUCCCACUGUGAUCGUAUCAUCCCCCCGGGCGGCCCAGCUAUUCCUCAAGACGCACGAUCUGGUGUUUUCUAGUAGGUCAAUCACUGAGGUUGGGAUGAUCACUUCUUAUGAUGGAAAGGGCUUAGCUGAUGCACCGUAUGGCCCAUACUGGCGAAAUGUACGCAAAUUAUGUACACUGAAGUUGCUUAGCAACCUCAUGAUAGACUCUUUUAGACCCAUGAGGAGAGAAGAGCUGGCUCUCCUAGUGCAGUCACUCAAAGACAUUGCCCAGACCCACGAAAUGGUCGACCUCACCAUGAAGUUGUCGUCUCUCAGCACCAGCGUGACAUGUAGAACGGUGCUUGGAAAGAAGUAUACCGAUGAGAGUUUUGAUAAGAGGGGGUUCAAAGGAGUUAUCGAUGACCUGUCGCCUAUAGCAGGAGCUUUCAACAUAGCCGAUUACAUUCCCUAUGUUGGGAGAUUAGACCUCCAAGGUCUACGUCGCCGUGUAGUGGCAAUCCGUAAGGUUUUCGAUGACUUCUUUGAGAAGAUCAUCGACGAGCAUGUGGCGGACCGCAACGGGAAGCGUGAUAGGGAUUUCAUCGACUCUAUGUUGUCCUUCAUGGAAUCCGAAGAGAAUGAGUUCCAAUUCGAUCGUACCAAUAUCAAGGCAUUAAUCUUGGACUUGCUUAUGGCUGCGAUGGACUCAUCAGCAGCAGUGAUGGAAUGGGCACUGGCGGAGCUCAUCAAGCAUCCACAAGUGCUGAAAAAGGCACAAGAAGAGUUAGAAACUGUCGUUGGCAUGGACCGGAUGGUUGAGGAGUCGGACCUAGCAAAGUUGGAGUACUUGGAUAUGAUAAUCAAGGAAGUCUUUAGGCUUCACCCAGCGCUUCCAUUGCUCAUCCCUCAUGAGUCCACCGAGAAUUGCACGGUAGAUGGCUACCUUAUACCAAAAGGAUCACAUAUUAUUAUAAACACAUGGGCCAUUGGCCGAGACCCGAGUGUAUGGGUCGAUCCCGAAGAAUUCAAGCCGGAAAGGUUCAAGGGUACAGGUAUAGAUGUGAGGGGCCAUGAUUUCCAACUUCUACCAUUUGGGUCCGGACGUAGAGGUUGCCCAGGAAUGCAACUGGGCCUUACCAUGGUACGACUGGUACUAGCCCAGUUGGUGCAUUGCUUCGAUUGGGAACUUCCGAACGGCACACGGCCCGCUGACCUGGAAAUGACUGAGAAGUUUGGCCUAGUGGUUCCAAAGGCCAACCAUGUAAUGGCCAUUCCAAGUUACCGUCUUCGCCAUACUAGUAAGGAGUAACUAAAAGUUGGGCGAUAUGCAUGCGAGCUUGCUUACGUUGUGUGU